AUGGCAGUAGCUGACGCGAGUUAUAGAUUUUUGAUGAUAGACGUGGGCGGAUACGGGAAAGAUAGCGAUGGUGGUGUUAUGGUAAAUUCUAAAUUUUACCAACGUAUCGAGAACGGUUCUCUUAAACUACCAAAUGAAAUAAAAUUACCAAAUUCGAACAUCUUGGCUCCUUUUGUAUUUAUAGGAGAUGAAGCUUUUCCGUUGAGAAAUUACUUAAUGAGGCCUUUUCCAAGAAAGCAGUGUCAAGAAAACGAAAAACAGUAUUACAACUAUAGACAUGCGCGAGCACGAAUGACAAUCGAGUGUGCAUUUGGCAUAGCUUCAUCAAAAUUUCGAAUUCUAUUAAAAUCAAUAGAAACAAAAGUAGAAAACGCUGAUCAUAUUGUAAAGGCUAUUUGUAUUUUACACAAUACAAUAAUAGAUUUGGAAAAAAAAUCUUCUACACAACAUUACGCCCUAGACGAUUACGAAACAGACACAUACAARGGCCAUAAUCAAAUGAUAUCGCUGAAUUACAAAGGCAGAGCCAACAAUCGAGCGUCAAGUACCGCAAUUAAUAUAAGAAAUAGAUUUGUGAAGUAUUUUAUAGAUAAUAAAAUUUAA